AGGCGUUUGCUUCUGCUCUGGCAACCUCUGAACCAGCCUGGGAAACAAACAGCUCUCCGUCUCGCUCCGCUACCGCUGCCAUGGUCCCCAGCUGUCACCGAGCUCUCCGCAACAGCUGGCCUGGUGCUGCUUAUCCUCUCAGCUGUGUGUUUCCUGUGUAUUGCAAAUAUAAUUAAAAUUUAUCUAUUAUUUCUGUGCUGCUAGUUCCCAUGGCAGAGAGAGGAAUCAUUCUGUUCCCCCCACCAAUGUCUGUGUCUGGGAGACAGCGAAGGUCGAUGUGGUACACUGGGAUAUUGUCAGGAGCUGUGCAUGCAGGGGCACAGUGCAGGUGCCUGGUGGUGAGCAGGUGCCUCUCUGGCAUGCUCAUGGUGUGCUCAUGUCUGCCCGCUGCAGCCACCUUCCCUUGGCACUGCAGAGGGAAGAGAGGCCCAGCUGCAGCCUGGCAAAACCUGAGGACACGGAUUUGUGUUGUCCAAGGGAGGUGGGUGAGGGUGAGUGCUGCUGAUUGCCCAGCAAGGGGCAUGAGCGGCCUGGCUGCAGGGUGAGCUCCAGCCCAGGUGUGCACAGGCAGGUCCCACCCCUACCCUGUCAGGGCUUGGUCUGCAGCCCUGCAGCCUGAAAAUAGAAAGUGGCAAGUUUCAUGUGAACGAGAGGAAGAAUUUUGCUGUGAGGGUGAGUGGCACAGGUUGCCCAGCGAGGUUGUAGAGUCUCCUUCUCUGAAUAUCCUAAAAAGCCAAGUGAACAGAGCCAUGGGUACCCAAGGAACCCUACUUCAGUGGGGAGGUUGGACUAAUGUCUUCCAGUGGCCCCUUCCAACCUCUCCCAUCCUGGGAUUCUGAUUCUGUGACCUGUGGAGACGAGGCACAAAGUCCCAGCAGCGCUGCCCAGAGGGUGACAGGUAAGGCGUGUGCUGCCCGGGGAGGGCGAGCGUGGCUGCACACGCGGGGCUGUAAGCGCACAAGCGUCCGUGUGAGAGUGUCCCUGUGUCUGUGCCUGUCAGCACGGGCCUGUCCGUGUGUGUCUGUCCGUGCCCGCGAGUGUCUGUGAGUGUCCCCGAGCGUGUGUGAGUGUCCCCGCGUCUGUCUGUCCGUGCGUGUCCGUGCGGCGGUGCUGCGGCACCAUCUCGUGGCCAUCGGGACCGGGCUCCGCGGGCCCGGCAGAGCCGGGAGAACCCGGUGGGGACACGGAUGGGUACGACACUGACGUUGGAAAGCGGUAAGGCUGUUAAAAGUGUGCAGUAGUUUGUUUUUAAAUUUGCCAAGAAAAGUGCAAUGAAACCCAGCAAGCAGAAGCUGAGCUUUUAUAAGAGCAGGUGAAAAUGGAAGAAGUUUAAAUGCAGCCAGUGCAAUUACCCAUUGGGAAGCAAUGUAUAUCCUGUCAGUUUGCCUCAAAACGAGCAUCCCACAGGAUGCCCUGCACUAGCCAGGGGCUCUGGGUGUCACCAUGGGAGGGUCUUUGGUGUGCACUGGGGUGCAGCACACAACACAAGGGUCAGCAAGGUGUGGAGCUGUGUGGCUGAGCACAGAGCCUGGGUGUUGUAUUUGUUGAGCCACAAAUAUUUCACUGUUUAUAAGGAUUAAGAAAUGGCUUCAGAACUCCACUUUUAGCUACAUAAGGCAAAUCCUGAGGAAUGAAACAGCUGUCUGUUGUGUGGAUGGGGGUGGUGUUUGUGAAACUGGUGAGUUACCCUGCUGGAGAUACAGGACCACAGAGACCAUGGCCUGCAAACAGGCUGGCCUGGAGAUCUUCAACUUUCCCUGGAUAUGAUGAGUCAGGUGGUGCCAGCAGAUAAGGCCUGGGGAGUACGUGACUGCGUCCCCUCCAAGGGGUUUCUGCUGUGGCCUCCUGCACUGGGGGCACAGCUCCUGUGCUGGCUCCCCGGCCAGCCCUUAUCUCCCCACGCAGACUUGUGUCCUGAGCUCAUGUGAAACUGAGCCCCGUGCCUGGGACGUGGAUAAAGAGCGGGCCAGGUGAUGAGACCCCAUCCGGUGUCCUCACUCCUCCAUGGCAAGGCUCGUUGGUGGCUGAACUCGUUUGCAAGUGCUCAGCCAACAAAAUGUACCAGCAUUUCUUUUUCCUUUUCCUCCUGUCUUUCAAUCCCCAUAAAUGCCAAGAUCAAAUCCUCGGUGCAGAUCUAUAUGAAAUGCCCAAAGACUACCAGGAGGUCUACAGAGGGACAAAAAAUGAUGUCAAAGAGAUCCCAAAGAUUGCAAAGCCCUUUGUUUCUGAGAUGAUCUUUGUGCAAACCAGCAUCACUUCUAUAAGUAAAGGUGCCUUCAGGUACAUGCCCAACCUGAUCAAGAUUUUCUUCAUUGGUAACAAGAUCAAGACUGUUGAACCUGGAGCCUUUGAUAAUUUGGACAAGUUGAGGGACUUGGACAUCUCUGGUGCCUCAUUAGAAAAACUAUCUGUGGGCACUUUCCAAAACCUCCCAAGUUUACAGAGGCUGGAGCUGAGGGACAGCCAGCUCAGAUCCAUCCCCAAAGGCCUGUUUGAUGGGCUGGAAAGUUUGGGAGAGCUCUCCCUGCACAUCAAUGCAAUCCCUUCUCUUCCAGAAGGCAUUUUUGACUCUCUUGUCAAUCUAACUUUUUUGGACCUGUCUAGAAACAGGAUCACAGCUCUUCCUGUGCAUGCCUUUAGCAAACUCACCCAGCUGCAAGUCCUCCGGCUGUAUGAGAAUGAGCUGCAGGACCUCCCAGAGGGACUGCUAGACAGUCAGCUGGAGCUGCUGGAGCUCAGCCUCCAGAGGAACAGGCUCAGGGCACUGCCACCCAUGCUUCUGAGGAGCCUGCCUCACCUGGAGAAACUCCUCUUGGACAACAACCUCAUCAGCGUUCUCCCACCUCAGGGCUUUUUUGGUUUAAACAAACUGAAGUUGCUGACUCUGGGCUCAAACCAUAUUAUGGAGCUCCCCUGCUGCCUUUUUGACACCAUGCCACACUUGAGGGAGUUGGAUCUGGGCAGGAACAGUUUGGUCACACUUCCAGAGGGCAUCUUUGUCAACCUCACGUCCCUUGGCAAACUUAUCUUGUCCCACAACCAGCUAUCAGCCCUGCCAAGAGGGGUCUUCACUGGGCUCAGCAAGCUCUUGGACCUCCAGCUGGACACAAAUCAGCUCUCUGCUCUGGAUGAAGAGGUCUUUGCUUCUCUCCCAAAUCUGAAAACCCUCAACCUUCGAAAGAACCAGCUGGAGAGUGUUCCCCAAGGGCUCCUAGACCCUCUGAAGAAGCUCAGCUCAGUGUAUCUGAGUGGUAACCCAUGGAGAUGUGACUGCAACCUCUGCUACCUGCACCUCUGGAUCCUGGGCAACAGGGAGAAGGUCAAAUUGUCCACCCAAGUCUCCUGCAAGAGCCCACUCCACCUGGCAGGGAAAGAAGUAACACUGCUGAGGGACGAACACCUGAUUUGCCCAGGUACUCUGCCAUUUAACUCCACAGUGCCACAAAGAACGUCAACAUUCCUGUCACGCGUAGCCGUGUCCACAGCAGCACCAACCAUGCUGUCAUUGGCAUCCUCUCCCAUCAGGACACUGCCAACCACUCUUUCACCUGUGGCCACCUCUGUGGUGUUGCCAACUGUGCCAAUGGAGUCUGCCUUCACCACUCUGUCACCAACCAAGCCAUCUGAGGUCUUUGUCACCAUCCCACCACCAGCUGUGCUGCAGAAGGCCUUCAGCACCAGCCCAUCAACAACCAAUAAGCCCAAGACCUCCACCACCACACCAUCAACAACCAGUGUGACAAAGUCCUUCAUCACCACCCCAUCACCAGCCACCGUGCCCAGGUCCUUCAUCACCACACCAUCACCAAAUGCCUUCAUCAGCACCUCAUCACCAGCUGUGCUGCCAAAGGCCUCCACUGCCACACCGUCAUCCUCAGCUGAGAUGCCCAAGGCUUCCAUCACCACCCCAUCAUCAGCUGUUUCAACUUCAGCUAUCGUAAGGCUACAGUCUCCUAGGGCCACUCUCCCAGAACCUGUGCCUCCCACUCCAGCUUCUGCCACCACACGGGUGCCAACAAGCUCACUGUCAAGCACCACCAGACAGGAGCCUCCUGCUCUCUCAGUGCCCGGGGAGAGGCCAGCCACCAUCCCACAGGGAACACCCAUAACCCCCCUUGUCUCAGCUUCCUCCGUGGCUCUCUGGCCAUCCCCCAGGACUGCUGCUCUGGGCACAGUCCCGUUGGCCUCACAUUCACCAUCACACCAUGCUCCUGCACCAGGCAGAGAAUGGGGCUAUUCCACCACCUGUGACUUGUCCACAGCUGGUGCCCAGCCCACUCCCACUGCUCCCCAACAGACUCCUGUCCGGGCAGGCACUGUCCUGCUCCCAACGCCUCCCAUCCCCACACUAUCAGAGAGCACAAGCCCCUCUCCAGCCUCCGCACCCCUGACCCCCAGCAGUCAUCGUGCCUGGGGCUUGUCCCUGUGGACCAGCCCAUGGCAGUGCCAGCUGUCCCUGGCCUUGGGGCUGGCCGUGCUGGCACUGCAGGCUGCCUGCACACUGCUGGGGGGAGUGGUCGCCUUCCUUCUUCACCAGGACACCCGCCACCACCCCGGGCCACCUGUGAGGCUGCUGAGCCUUCAAGCUCUGGCUGCUCCGGGGACCCCUGAGCCAGCCCUGGCACCACCUUGAGCUUUGCUGCCCCUGUAUGAC